UUGUAUUUCACAAUUAUAAAUGAUUUUUAUCGUUUUAUUUAACCCACGAAUUGAAUAAAAUUAACAGAGUCGAGUUGGACAUCUGAAAAUUUCUUACAAAAUCAUUGGUAUGAAGCAGAGCCCUGCGCCGACAAAUAUUAACGGCAGCGGCGACUGACUCCAAAUAUGUCAUCGGCGGCUUAAAAUCGACUGUAAGCCGGCUAAAAUUUUAAAUAUAAACGGAAUUCGAGAGAUCAGAAAGUGAGAUUUUGGAAGCAAAUAUAUUGUUUAUAACAACAAAACAGAGCAAGCACAACAGUUGUGUGAAAAAUUAUGCAGGGAAGGAUAAAAAAUUCUUAAAAAUUAAAAACAAAUACUUUCUCCAAGUUUUACGAGGAUCGGCCUAUAUUUAACCCUAUCCUCCAUAUAAAACUUCCUGCAGAAUAUCAGUUUCUAAAAAAAUUUACAUUAAGAAAAUGAUUAAUAACGUAACAAAGAUAUUUUAUUUAUUCAGUAAUAAAAAAGCCAAUUUUGGCAAAAUAAUAUUACACAGUCCUGUAUAAUCUGUAAACCGAAUCCGAAUUAAUAUCUCGUUUAAAAACGAAUUCGUAUAAUUCUUCUCGUUUAAAAACCGAGUACACAAAUCUAGUGUUAUUUUUAGAAUGUAUUUAUUCAUCAUCAUAAGCAGUUGCUAAAAUAACGAAGGUAUACCAAAAGCGAUUUCUUAAAAUCUACUUUCCUCUUUCCCCCUUUGCCUAAAAGCUCGUAGGGCAUGAAUAAAGUCACUAUGGUUUCUCAGCGGCAAAUGUUAUCAUCUGAAACAGCUCUAAAAUGCAUACAAAAUCGCAAGAUUUAAAAAGAAAAAUCGCUGAAAUGACAUCACUAAAAUCGAAUGAAAAGAAGAAAGAAGAAAACUGGGCAGAAAGUGAUUAAAAAGUGAAUAAACGUUGGUAAAAAAAGACGCAAGUGUGAAAAGAAUUAAAACGCGCACGUAAAAAACUUGUUAAUUUUCUAGAAAUUAAGUUAAUUUAUUAAAAAAUAUAAUAAAAAUUAGUAAAAUGCAACUGUGGAAUCUUAGAAAAUGUUAUUAUUUUGCAAUAUUUAUGAUAUUCUAUGUUUUUUACCAUCCCACAGAUAGUGGGGCGGUAUCAUUGACCAGUGAAAAUAUUGAUAUGACUUUAGCCUCCAAUGAGUUGGUAUUUUUAAAUUUUUAUGCAGAAUGGUGUCGUUUUAGUAAUUUAUUAGCGCCCAUAUUUAACGAAGCCGCCGAUAAGGUUAAAGAAGCUUUUCCCGAAGCCGGCAAAGUUGUAUUGGGUAAAGUUGAUUGUGAUAAGGAAACAUCAGUAGCAUCACGUUUUCAUAUUACCAAAUAUCCUACAUUGAAAAUUGUACGCAAUGGACAAUUGAGUAAACGUGAAUAUCGUGGUCAGCGUUCAGCAGAUGCUUUUGUAGAAUUUGUUAAGAAACAAUUAGAAGAUCCCAUCAAAGAGUUUAAAACUUUGAGAGAUUUGGAGAAUUUAGAUUCCAAGAAACGUAUUAUUAUUGGUUAUUUUGAUCGUCGUGAUCAACCUGAAUAUGAUACAUUCCGUAAAGUGGCUACAAAUCUCAAAGAUGAUUGUCAAUUUCAUGCUGGUUUUGGUGAUGCUGCUCAGGCUAUGCAUCCACCAGGAGUUGAUGAUAAACAACUAGGUAAUAUUACACAGAAAUUAGCUUUAGGUUCACCCAUUAUUGUCUUUAGACCCGAUGUUGCUGUGACACAUGAAAAUGAUGAAACUUAUACGGGCAGUUUAAAGAAUUUCGAUGAAUUGAAAAUAUGGAUACAAGAGAAAUGUGUGCCGUUGGUGCGUGAAAUAACAUUUGAAAAUGCUGAAGAAUUAACCGAAGAAGGUUUGCCAUUUUUGAUUCUAUUCCAUCAUCCCGAUGAUACCAAUUCCAUUAAGGAUUAUAAGGCCAUUAUAGAUCAUCAAUUAUUAGAUGAAAAACAAAACAUUAAUUUCCUUACGGCUGAUGGUAAACGUUUUGCUCAUCCUUUACAUCAUUUGGGUAAAUCGGAAGAAGAUUUACCAUUGAUUGCCAUCGAUUCAUUUAGACACAUGUACUUAUUCCCCAACUUUAAGGAUAUGUACACGCCCGGUAAACUUAAGCAAUUUUUACAAGAUUUAUAUAGUGGAAAGUUACAUCGUGAAUUCCAUUAUGGUCCUGAUCCCUCUACUAAUGAGGUACAAAGUGAAGUUGUAAAUACCUCGCCGCCAGAGUCAACAUUUAAGAAAUUGGGUCCCUCUAAGAAUCGUUACACUCUGCUUCACAAAGAUGAAUUGUAAAUUGUAAAUAAUUAUUCUUCUCACUUCUAAAAACCAGCAUAUAAAUAUUCACACAUUUACUUUAUUUUUAUAUUGUUUAAUGAAAGUAUUGAAAUGUGCCUGUUUAUGCUGUUUAAGGAAUUCCAGUUUCUUUUCUAUAUCUUUAAAAAACAAUUAAAUAAUUAUUUUGUUUUUUGUGUAUCCCUCCCUCCUCUACUCCUAUACUACUUUAGGAUCUUUUUUUUUAAUAAUAAUAUGCUUUAAAAUUUAAUUGUUGAUUUAAACAAUAAUUGUGAUUUUUUUCCACAUACAUUUAAAAUAAAACUAUAAUUAAAUAAUA